GUGGUUCCCCGAUGCAUAGUACCACGUAGAUCAUGACAAGAAGACAUGGCUAGCCUCGUCACGGCCCUCGGCGCGCUCAUUGUCUUCAUCAAGCCUGAGUAUGAGCGUGCCGGGGUUACCGAUGAGCAUAUGUCGACUCUGCUCAUGUACCCGAAGCUCCUCCUCGGCGUCGGCGACCUGGCAUUGGACCUCGACAAAACACAACAGCACAUCUAUCCGGAAAGCAUUGAUCUGGUUUAG